UAUGUAUGCGCAGAAAAUGUGUAUUGUAUACAACAUUUUUACUUAAUCUGCAUGAAAUAUAAAACAAAAAUAAAGGUGUGUGUGAUUUUAAAUUAUGAUUGAGUCGUAUUUUGGCCAAAUAAUCGGAUGAAAUAACAUGUUGUCAAUUUUCAACAUGGCUCACUCCGGUCAUUUAGUAUGACCUACUACAGCCAAUUUUGUUCGAUGAUCACAUAAAAUAAAAGCAUAGGGCAAUGGACCCAGUUAUAGAUAAUGAAUGGCUGGGAUGUAAGAAUGAAACUAUUGACGAAAUGCCAAAUGUUGGCAACAUUGCUCGGAGCUGGCAGUGGAGGGAGAGAGGUAUCAACCCUCCAAACUGCCCUAACAACAAGGCUGUGCUUGAAAAUAUGGCUGAGGACAUACUCGUGCAGAAACCCCUUCAAAUAAGGAGCUGUGACUUACCUGGCUACCCCAGAUCUACAUUUUUAAUGGUUUUUAGUCCAGAUGGUACAAAAGUAGCAUCGACACAUGGGAACCAUAAUGUGUAUGUGUCUGAGCUGGCUAGUGGCAAACAUGUGCGGAUACUGAGAGGACACCCUCGUACUCCGUGGUGCAUUGCCUUCCAUCCGUCACACCCCUUGCUCAUAGGCUCCGGAUGCCUCGGAGGACAAGUCAGAGUAUGGGAUAUUGCAAGUGGCGGCAGUGAAGUCUGGAAUGUUCGCAACGAAACCGUCAUAGCCUCGAUUGCUUUCCAUCCCCGGGAACAACUGCUGGUCAUAGCUACAUACAAUGAGUUAUACUUUUGGGACUGGAGCCAACCCGCUCCUUUCACCAAAGUGUGUACUAAUAAUGUUAAUGAAAAAGUGAGAUAUGUGGCUUUUGACGCUCUUGGGUACAAGCUUAUCACUGGUAUAUCACUGUGGGCUUGUUCAGGCGGGCCUAUCAACAACUCUACGGCGGCACAAAAUCCUCCCGUGGGUCCGACAAACAACCCAAAUAAUAAUAACCCUAGAAGAGAUGACUCGGACGAGAGUCCGGGAACCAGUCGCCAGCAGGAGAGCAAUGGCUCUGCACAGGAUAUGAUUGUGAACUCUUACCAAAACUUGGUACAAAGAUAUGACAGUUUAGUGCGGAAUUAUCAGAGACUUUUCAUGGUACGCCAUCGAUUAACCAACACUCCUCCACCACCCAAUACGACUGAUCGAGGCACAGAUCCUAUGGAAACUGAUGUUGGAGUCAACAGCUCAGGAGGGGGAUACACACGACCUCAGCGUAGCUACACUGCUCCAAACGAUGCAGAGCCGGGUCCUAGCACGUCUCGCAGCCAGGACCCAGUAGAAACUGGUGACGGAGAGAACAGUCGCCUACUAAACUUAGAGGUGUUGUCAAUUGAUAGCAACCCCCAAAGAAAUACAACUUCAACAAAUCAAGAGCGUUCUUCGUUUGGAUCACGAUCGUCCGCCUUCCAACCUUUGAACUCUGAUCGAUCACAAAGAUCUAUGGAGUUCGAGAGCCCCAGGCUGUUACCAAAUCCUUUCUCUUCAUCUAACGGGACCCCGAGACCGACCAGAGUAACUUUUACAGAAAUGCCUGCUUCCAAUUCCACGAAUACUUCGCGCACUAGUAUUUUCACCUCAUCUCGAGGAUCCUCUCUGGGACGUGAUUUUUCACUGCGCCGAAGAAACUUUACUCCGGUACAACAUAACGAAACUACUCAAAAUGAUCCAACAACAGCAGCAGGUAGUCCUUCUUCAUUGCCGUUUGUACCUCGCAGAUCAUUCCAGUCUAGUACAUUGGCUGAUAGCCAACCUUCAACAUCAGGUACUUCUACUCAGAGGCCAACAAUGACUAACUCAUCCACACAGAUGAGUCCCCAGACAGCGCCAGUCGACGCACAAACUAUUAACGAAAGUCUUGACUUGAUCCGCGAUAUUCUCCGUGACUCUGGAACAAGGUUGUUAAACUUAAUAACGAACAUGUCGCUGUCGACUAUGGCGGCCGUGGAGCGCAACAUGCCGCGGCGCGGGGCGGGGGCGCGCGCUCACUCCGACGACGGCGACGCCGGGGCUGCGAGGAGGGCUCGUCCUCGCGUGCGCUUGUUCAGCUCUACUUGGAGACGUGAAUUUUUGUCAUCCAGUUCAGAUUCCGAUAGUGAUCAGUCUUCCGAAGUCAAUAUUUUUAGGACAAGAAAUACUACGUUUCAAGAAGAUGAACCUAGGGAUCACGUAAAUGCAUCGACUUCUUCCGAAAGGCUACCACACCCUACUGACAGACUGGUAUUCGAACUAAACGAUGAGUUACGCGGCGGUGGUUCCACCAGAGAUCCCGGCCCAUCCAGGGAAUCAGGAGGUAUCAAUGUAUCGUUGUCUAACACGAGGUUCCGCGUCCGGACACAAAGCGAGACUUCAGGUACCGACGUGGCGUCCUCGCCCGCACCCGCGGGAGCCACAUCCAUCGGUGUAGGGACCUCGCCCCCAUCUGAAUUCGCAGCUACUACAGCUGGAACUUCUUCCUUUACUGGUGGCACCAGUGCUGCCCAGGGCGGAAGCGCCUCAGCUGACACGCCUGGACCGUCAGGACAACGUACUCAAAGUACGCCAGGCUUUAAUCCUGAUAGACCAUCCACAAGUAGAGAUGAUUUUUGGAAUAGAGGUGGUGUAGUUCCACCGGAUGAGGCUUACAGAAAAGUUAGAAGCGGCGUCAAUGCACUGCAGAAACAUACAGUUCAACUGACAAAUCUUUGGCUACGGGGGAGUCGUGUCACUAUGAGAGAACUACGCGGGAUGUGGGAGACCUUACGUCGACGUAUAAUUACGCUUCAUAGAGAAACAGGAACACACGCUGUUCCCGGUUAUUACACAAGACCGUUACUAGAUCGUUGUAUGAUGUUAACGGAUAUGGCAGAAAACUUUACACGCACCACGAGAAACCCGAGAACUACCGCAAGAAACGAAGAUGUUGACAGAAAUUCAGGCCGUAACACGACCUCUAACUCUAACAAUGCAAAUAAUACUUCAACAGAGAGUGAACGAAACACCUCAGCCGGCACUGGAACCGAAGGCAGGCCAGCGCACGGUGGACGGUCUGCUCAAACAAGAUCGUCACCGAGUAUGCGAUCGUCUCCGUCCUUGAGAAGAAGAUUGCAAUCAAACCUCCGCUGGCGCCCAGAGGAUGAACUUAGAAGGCGGUCUCGAAAUCCAACCGCUUACCGCAUAGCAGCGCGUUUCACCAACCGAUCCCGUAGAGAUUUCGCGCGUGCGAUAGAAAUAAGCGCUACCCGCCACGAAAUACGCAUGAGAGCCAUGCAGGUAUUGUCGGUCAUGUUCAAUAUGAUGAUGAUGUGUCUGGAAGAACCAGGGCUUAGUCAACUGAUCAUUAGCAUGUUGCGGACUCUGAAAAGAGCUUUAGCGUUAACUUGCCUACUUGUUAUGUCUAAUAGGAAUAACGGACGGCCAGCUACGAACCAAGCUCCUGCACCACAACGCGUAGAAUCCUUAGAUGUUGUACGCAUUCAAAAUGUUGACCAUAAUGUUGACGUGAACGUAGACGGGCCUGACGAACAGGCUCCUAACAAUGCACAGAAUGGCGCGGAACCAGAAGCGACCCGAGUACGGCAGACUGACAGUAACAGUACCGAGACUCCGUCUACAUCGUCUACAACGGAGACUGUCAAAACAAGCAAUAACAAUAUAAAUGGUCAAGAAGCCUCAACUUCCACCUCCACUGCUAGAGCUUCACAAAAAUGGAGCGAUCGUCUUGCAGUUCAAAUCGCUGCAGCUAACAGAAACAAUUCCGCAACAGCAAGAAACAGAAGAGAUCUGUAUAUGGAAAGUAGGAGGUUAAAAGCUUUGCAUAGAACUAAUCCUACUGCACAUCCUCUCAUUAAAAAGAGGGUUUUACCACCAGUUUCGAACUAUAGAAUACCAGCAUUGCGAAGCCUCCCCACGCGACCCGGCGUGACAAGAUUCAGAAGUCCAAGAGUAGACGCAUCCAACGAACCCGUAGCAGGACCUUCAAACGCACCACCUCCUGGAGAAAACGGUAACCUACAGGAAUCCCCUGGUAGCGAACUGAUGAACGAGUUUGAGCACAGAGUCAAUUUCAUACGCAUAGCUCACAUGCAGGCUAUGAGAUUAAGAAAUGCAGCCAGAAACAGAUUUAGACGUCUACAGACAAUACGUCUGUACACGCCAUCGUCUGUUCGAGAGAUGUUCUCUCUGCAGGCAAACAAUAGCGACACUCCUCCAGACAACCGCUCGCCAGGCCCGAGCGGCUCCGCCGAGGGCGGCGGCCGGCACCCGCUGGCCAUGUUCCGGCCUCACAUCCUGUCCUCGCGCGCCGACCCCGGCGGCCGCGACGACCUCAGCCACCAGUUCCAUACAGUACUCAACAAUGUCGCCAUGCCGCUCAUGCACAUGAGCGACCUGCCCGGGAACGAUGCUCCUGGCACCCAACGACUGCCCAGGAUACAUGAAUAUCUGCAACCCAUCAUUUUGGCGCAGAACGCUAUGGUAGUGGAGGAUGAAGGUGGCCACGGCGAGGGGGGCGGUGGCGGUGGUGGGGGCGGAGGCCCGGGUGCGCGGCGCCUGGCUGGCAUGGCCGGCAUGGCCGGACUGUUCGACGCCGGCAUCAUCUCAGAAGCUCUUCCCGCACCCUCGCACCGCGUGCAGGCUUGGGACUUUACUACCGGCCACACGCCCGAGAUAUCUGACAGUACCAAGAAUGUAGUGGUCCAGCGAUGUCGCAUCCACAAUGAUGCCAGUAUUGACAUAUCCAAGGAUGGUAGACUACUGGUGGCACUCCUACCAGUGCCCAGACUGAGGAACACGAAUCAUUGGCUUGGCGUGUACUCGCUGGAGUGGGCGCGGCUGGGCCAGUGCCUGCACACGGCGGUGUUGGAGCAGAGCGCGGUGUCGGUGGCGCUGUCGCCCACGGCGCGCCACCUGGCGGUGGGUCUGGGCUCGCGACGCUUCACCACGGCGCCCCACGCACGCAACAACGUCAUCGCCCUCCUAUACAAGCUCGACCCACUCGAAAGUUCCAGCCGCACGGGUCUGUCGCCUAUAAAAGAGUUGGAACAAAAUUGGGAACAUGGCUUUACUAGCCUCAAUUGCCUCCGCUGGGCACCCCAACCGGGUCAAGGGCUCGUCUAUGCAAACAACACUGGACAACUCAUUGUAAUGAGCUAAGUAGAAGUAUCAUGACAUUUGAUUACAAACAUAGACUCUGGACACUGUAUAUAACUGCCACACUGACUGCUGUUUUUGUGACAUUCAGUAAAUUAAUUUUUACGCAUUUGUGGCAAAUUAUUCAUGUUUAUAACUACUUAAAUUCCCUUCUGUUUAUAAUUCAUAAUAUAAUUAGCAUAAAGUCGUAUUUGAAAAAAUAUCUUUAAUAGUAUCAGGACAAACUUAUGACAGUUUGUUUCAUUUAAAGUUAGUCCGAUUUUAAAAUACAUAGUUUGUAAAGUCCAAUACCAAUAUUCUAAAUAAAUUGUAAUUGAUCUCGUGAAUUAUUGGAUUGGAACUGAUUGCGCAAGAAAUGUAUGUGGUGUGAUAGGUAACUCAAAACUAAUUGUUAUGGUUAUUGUUCCAAAUUAUAGUUAUAACUUCAAUGCUUGUAUUACUUAACGCAUUCAUAAUGUUUAGAUUAUAAAUGUAUAUCGAUGCGUGUGACUCGUAAUACUUGAUUGAAAGUUAGAUUCGUCGCCAGUCUUUAGAUAUUUAUUCUUAGUAAACCUGAAUUCUAUAAUUCGUAACACUUAUUAUAUAUUUUUUAAGACUUUAUCCCUUUUACAUAGGUACCUAUAUAUCGUUUGUGUUAUUGUUAUUCACUACCUUCGAGAUUUCGAUGUAAAAUUAUUUAUGUUCAUUUAUUAAAUUCCAUUUCAAAUCUAAAUGAAAUCAUGUUUCACUAUUGUAACAGAGCAGAUCUUUUUUUUUCGUUGUUCAUCCGAAGGUAGUGUGUUUUCAGUUCUUCCAUUUCUUAUAUUAUAAUGAAAUUCUGGCGCGGCGCCAUAUUUAAGUUAAAUAAAGGAGCUUUUUCGGUCCUAAUUAUAAUCCGCCAUUUCUUUCUUUAGUUAAACAUAUUUAUUUUAAUUUUAAACAGUUUAUAAAACAUCUUAGACUUAAGGCUAGCUCUACCCGAUCCGGUUUAAGUAAUAUACUCAGAAUUAACUAUUCCAGAGAUUUCGAUGAGAAUAUGAUAUAAUGUCAAUACAAGGUGUCCGGAUUGAAGAAGCCUAAAGUCUGAGACUGAUUCACCCGCGUUAUAGACUGAUGAUCGAUUCAACCAGGGUAUGAUGGGUAGUUGACAAGUGUAAAACUUGAAGUGGGAUAUUUAUGAUAAAAUUAUUUAUUUUAAAAUUUUGACUUGUAUUAUAUUAAUAUGUAAUAUGUUUACUACAACAUUUGGAGCCCAACAUGCAUUUAAAGCCAUCACUGGUGUUUAUCUAGGCACAUUAUUUUGAAACCUUGUGUUUGAUGCCAAAACGGAAUUUGAAACUACUUGACUAAUGCAAGUCGAUAUAUUAUCGUCCCAUUAAUUUAAUGUACUCACAUUAGUUGUUUUUAUUUGGUGGUACUUACAUUCUUCUGUUAUAACUCCCGCCGAGAAAAUACAAUAGAAUGAAACAAUAGGACUAACCUUAGUUGGGAUUGGGAGCAAAAACAUGGAAUCUGACACCAUUUGUAUGGCUAUACAAACCUUGUCGAAGUUUUAACGAUGGUAAAGCAAAGUAGGUACAGAUAGUUUGGCAACAGAGUUUGAUUUCCUAUGUCUGACAUAAGUAAUAAGUUAUCGUCAGCUUUACACACAAUCAGCAGGGAGAAGAGAGCUUGGAAUACUUAAUGAUAAAGUUACUCACUUAUAUGCUAUGUGAUUGUAGUUGUAUGUAUAAUAAUAUUGACUUAACUUUCAUGAAUUUGAGGCUGGUUUCACUAACUCUGGGUAGCCACAAUCUACUUAACGCAUAGAACACAAUUUGAAAUUAUCUGCUAGUCAAAAUUAUCAAGGAGUAGUGAAACUGGCCCUUAGUAUUAUGUCGACGUAGGUCAUUCUCGUAGCCUAGUAAUCUCCUGGUUUUGUGACUACUCUAUGACUCGUUGUUUAUUUAUCGUGUUAGUGAGAUUAUUAGGGUUUCUAAUAAACCUAAAUGUUUACAAUGUUGUACUUACCUUUAUAUUUUUAUUUUGUAUGACGAAGUUUUUUCAGGUCAAGUCUAAAGGAGACAAUGAAGUUUACCAUUGCUAAAUACUUAGUAACAACUGAUAAAAACAUUCUAUGUUAGUAAACACUUAAUAUUUAAUAUAUUCACUUUUCAAUACAUUGAACGUACAUACCAUA